GCAGCGGGGCGGGCCGAGGCGCUGGGGCCGCCCCUCCAACAUGGCCGAGCAGCCCCAGUCCCACCAGUCCCACCAGUCCCAGGCACUGGGAGCGGGCUCGGAGGGCUGUAAAGCUCUGGCUGCCCUGCUCAGCGGCAUCGCGCAGGCCGCCUACCACGGCAACGCGGCGCUGACGGCCGAGCUGCUCCGCGGGCAGCUCUACCCUGAGGCGGCCCCCGAGGAGUUCGCGGCCCUGCGAGCCAAGAUGGGCGGCCUCCUGCAGUCAAUUGCUUCAGCAGACAUGGAUUUGAAUCAGCUGGAGGCUUUUCUCACUGCCCAAACCAAAAAACAAGGUGGCAUCACAUCUGAUCAAGCUGCAGUCCUCGCAAAAUUUUGGAAGAACCACCGAGUAAAGAUCCACGAGAGCCUGGUAAAUCAAAGCCGUUGGGAUAAUGUCUUGAAAAACAUGAACUGGAGAGUGGAUCUGAAGUCACAGUCAAGACACAUCGAUCAGAUAAACACUCCAGUUGCAAUAGUAGAAAUGGAACUGGGAAAAAAUGGUCAGGAAUCUGAGUUUCUCUGCCUGGAGUUCGAUGAGGCCAAGGUGAGCCAGAUGCUGAAGAAACUCUCGGAAAUAGAGGAGAGCAUGACUGCCUUGACUCAGACCACUUGAGUCUUACAGCAAAUAAAGAGAAUUGCAACUCGGAAGUCAAACGACCUUGGUACUUUUUUAUAAUGCCUGUUUAUACAAAUAAAAUACGUAAUGAUCUGUAAGUCCCAGUUAUAACCAUACAACACAUUCAAAACCAAGCAUGGGCUAAGUUAUGCUGUGGAGACUUCUCUGACCCUUCCUCCAGGCCUGUUCUCCAAGGCAGCAGUAGUGUUGUUUGCAUAAAAUUUGCAUAACCAAGCCCUUGAGUUUUCAGUAGCUUUUCCCUAUUUUUUUCUCCCUCAGUCAUUUUCUGAGUCUUCCAGGUGCUGUAAAUACCAGGUGGAUGGACAGCAAAGGUAAAUAGGACGGUUGUGGCAGGGGGAGAACUGCAUGAGGUGGCCAACCUUGCUGACCCAUUGACACACACCUGCCCUGUGCCACAGAGAGCCGGGGGCAAUCCUGGGAACAUCUCUUGAGUGGCAGGAGGUGACACUGGUUUUCCAAAAGCCUGAUCCAGUGACCUCUUUUCCAGCCAGGGAGGACUGAGCUGAAAUGUUUUCAGUCUCAAAGGUUUCAGUUCAGGGCUGUGAUCUUGUCCACUUUGCCACAAUGGGAUUAAUAACCAUAACUACCAGCUUAUCAGGGCAGGAUGACGUGGAGGAGCUGCCUGGAACAUGAUGGUUCCUACGGGAGAAUUGCCUGAGAGUCCGUAAAAUGGUGAUGGAGCAGCUGGAGCGCGACACCGGCUUGCUGCUUUUGUUCCUAGCAGGAAGGCAUGCUUAUACAUCUGGAUGGUGGCUACGCUGAUUCUUUCCCUUUUAUCUUAGCUUUAUAAGCAACUUUCCAAGCUAAAAUUAUGUUGUCUGCUUGUACCAAGACAGAGAUGACAACAUCAAAUGCUCUUAUGCCAUUACUGAAGUACUCCGCACUGCUUCUUGUGGGUUUGUUGCUUGUGGAGUUGCCAGGUUGUUUCUGGAAGCGGGCUCUCUCUCUUCAGGGCAAGAAGGCGGCCCCUUUUCCCGUCUGCCUGGUCAGAAGGUAAAGCAUCAACCAGGCCAGUUUGUCUCGUGGCAUUAACAUCUCCUUUCCCAUGCUCAUCCCACUGACUCUUAGGGCCACCUGGUUCUCUCCUCUGUCAUGCGAAGGGACCACACAGCCCCGGCUCCUCGCUCUCCAAAUUUAGCUGCAGCUGAUCCUUGGCAGAGUGGAAGGGGCUGGGAGCACCGAGCCCCAUCCCCAGCCCACUGGUAACCAGCUGCCAGCAGGGCUGUGAGGUGCUGAGUGCUUGCUGAUGCUGUCGGCUUGCCACUUGCCUCUUCAGCAAAGUUCAUUUAAAUGUUCUUCUGCGUUUUAGUGCAUGUGAAAAGAAGUAAAAAAAAAUAAAAAAAAAUCAAGGUCAGGGAAGGAUCGUGAUCUUGAGUAACUUGCACCAUGUCAAACAUACUUAUUGUUUUAUUUUAACAUGGUCAGAGGAUAGGAAAAUGUGCUAUAAAUGGAAAUUAAAGAGAAACAAACUGGGAACAGAUGUCAGGAAGUAUUAUUUCAUGCAGAGAAUAAUAAAUAUGUGAAAUGGCUAACCAGGCAAGGAGGCUGAGGCAAAAAAUAAUAAAGUCGGGUCAUUUAAGAAAUAAUUGGGUACUUUCCUAGUAGAGGUGAGACGUUAAAAAGGAGUGUGUUGGUUGUGGUUGCUGCUUCUCUUCCCAGUCCUCCUUGCCCUAAAUAUCUAAUUCUCGUGAUUUUCUUCGUGUGUCUUUGCAAACUAUCAUGCAAAGUUGGAAAAAACAAAAAGCAGCCUAAUAUUUUGGGAACCACGCUCUGCCUAGCCCUUCAUAAGGGCACAGGAGUGUCACUGGGCAGCAAAAUCAUUUCUGCUUCACAAGGUUUGACAUGGGCAGGGAAAGAGGACGCUGUGCAUCCCCAGGCUGGGUGAGGAGAACAGAUUUCCAUGCUGAGCAGGACCGUGCCUUCCUGCCGGCAUGGGUUAGGUGCGUGUCCAUCCACCUGCUCCUCGCUGUGGGAUUUUGAACUCAUUGGCCACUUUUGGCUGGACUUGGCGGAGGAGAAGACACCUCAGAUGUUGCUGUGCUCGCAUCCUUGAGUGAAGGAGCCAAGUUGCCUUGUUUUUUGUUGGGAUUCAUGGGCAUUACUUGUCCGGGUGUAAACCACAAUCACCCAAAUUUGUGGCUGGGACAGCUCUUCCUCUUCUUCCUCCCUGCAGGGGAGCGGCCAGGUGGCAGCGUGCCCCGAGCCACCGCUCCUGUUUCCUGCCCUGUGACCACUGUCCCGGCCCCGCCACAGCUUGCUCAGUGGCCGGGGAUAGAGGUCUCCAACCAGACAAAGCUCUGGAUGAAUUUAACCAGGAAACCUUCCGCUUCGCUCUCUCUUUUGGCCAUGAAAUCAGUUCAGGCUGGCUUUCCCCAGCCAUGCAAUCUGCCAAAUUUUCAUCCUUCCUGGUUUACUAGCGACUGGAAACCAGGAACAAGUGGGACUUCCACAUGGCCCUGGGCUGGGGCAGGCUUGGUUUCGAUCAGAGCCCGGAUAUUCAGGCUGACAAAUACAGAUGGGGCUGAGACAGGGCGGGGAGCAUCCAGGAAGGCACGGGAGCUGCGGCACCGCCUGGGUGAGCCGGGAUGUUGCGAGGGUUUUCACCAGCUUCCUCCAGUCCCACUUCUGCCAGCGCUUUCCUCCUCACCCAGCCAGUGGUUCCCUGAAAUCGUGGUGGAUUUAACCAGUGGCAAGCAAGAGGCUGAGGCUGCAGCUCCAGCACCAUGCACGUGGCUCCAGAGGUGCAUCUCAUCCCAACCAGGCCGAAAACUCACGAACGGCAGCCCUGCGUUGUCGCAACCUUCAGCUGAGGUUGCCUUACGCGUCGCCGAAACGCCCUGCAAUUUAUUCAUUCAGUGACUUCUUGUUUUCUGGGAAUCCCUCCAAGUUGCCACUGGUUUAUGAGCUGGGGCUCCCUAAAAUAUCUGCCCGUGCUGUCGCCUUAAAUCACGCGUUAGGCGAUUGGCAAGGCUUGGGUUCGCUCUGUUUGCAAAAAGAUCCCUCUCGAUGCAAUUUUCUUCUUUCCUGGUCCACGUAUUCCCAGAAUCGCUUAAUUCAUAGAGUAUUUUUCUAGGCAUAUCUGAAAAAAUAAUUUAGGCACAGCACAUUUUUCCAAAUCCAAGCCAAGCAGCCGCUGCAUUUCAUACAGCUUUGGGCCAUGUGAAACAGCAGACACAUUACAUUCACGUGGAUUUCCUUUCCCAUUGUUUGUGUUAUUUUUGUCUCAUUUUUUUAUUCACCAUUUCUCUAUUUUUCUUUCUCCUUCUUACAAAUCUUUUCACAAGUGCAAACACCACAAUUUACAUUUGUGUUUCUAUUGUAUUUCUUAUGAAGGCUGCCGCUGCAGUCCAUGACCUUUCGUCGUGCUUUAUCUUGAUAAACUGGUUGAUAUUUUGAUAGAUUUACUUUUCUGUACACCAGCUCCUAUAUUCUUUGUUAUCUAUUAAUAAAAUAAAUGUUAAAUAAAUGUUAAUAAAAUAAAUCACUUACCAUC